AUGGCGUGCCGCUGGACAUCGAAUUCGGUGGCGCCUGGACGGCAAAUAUGCCCAUUCUCCUCAUGCUCACUGCACGCGGACGGGAGCUCUAGCAACACAUCAGGGCUGUUCGCUGCCGAUGGCGAUGACCAGAUCGGUCAGCAUUCGACGACGCAAGAAAGGGGAGAGCCUGACUGGGAGACUUCCUCAACCUCAGACGGCGAGCAACUGACUCCGCCCGAAUCGCCGGGCCCAUGUGCCACUUGGCAAGCCCACCUCAUCGCAGCCACCGUCGCCCGUGGAGAACGUCAUGUGCACAGUGAGCCCGAGCCCGAGAUCGAAACAAUGCAGGACCAUAUUGUCCGCAUCACAGCCGACGAAGAGGACAUCAAGACCUUCUGGGCCAUCUCUUUCUCAAGCAAGCGGUAUGAUUCACUCUCGAGCUUCUACGCGCACGAACUUGAGUCGCUGGAGCGGGCACCUUUCGACGCUUAUGACCAGGACGCCCGGGUCGACUAUCUGCUCCUCCACGGCUACCUGAACAGGCGAGCCAGGCAGCUGAAGCUGGAGAAGAAGAGGAACGAGGAUGCUUCCCCUCUCCUGCCUUUCGCGCCUGAACUGGUGGACCUUUGGGAACUCCGGCAAGCCGCCAGGAUUGACGAGUUGGAGUCAAAGUGGGUGGCCACCGUGAUGCACGACGCGACAAGCAAAGUGAACAACACGGCGGCGCUUGUCGCGUCCGGUAAGCUGAAGGUCAGCAAGGAAGCGGCCUACCGGGCACUCGAGAACAUCGACCAACUCAUGAGGUACCUCGCUGAAUUUGAUGGCUUUCUCGCCGGGUACGUUCCUCUAUAUGACUGGUGGGUCAAGGCCCCAUAUUCGGCUCUCAUCGAGUCUCUCCGAUCUUUGGUGCCUGUGAUCCAGACCAAACUGGCGGGCAUGCACCCAAACGAGGAGGAUGAAAUCGUAGGCGAGCCGAUUGGUAGGGAUGGCCUGCUCGUCGAGCUCGAGGCCGAGAUGAUUCCAUACAUCCCCGAGGAGCUCCUGAAAAUUGCCGACGAGAAGUACGCUUGGUGCGAGAAGGAGAUGAAGAAGGCAUCCGCCGAGCUCGGUUACAAAGACGAUUGGAAAGCCGCCUUGCGCCACGUCCAAGGCAUCUACGUUGAGCCGGGGAAACAGCCAUCGCUGGUCAAGCAGCUCAUCGUGGAGGCCACCGAGUACGUCAGGCACCACGACCUGGUGACGGUGCCCAGGACGGCAGAAAGCACCUGGCGCAUGUUCAUGAUGAGCCCCAGGGAUCAAAAGACCAACCCCUUCUUCCUCGGCGGGCCCUCCAUCACCGUGUCCUACCCGACGGCGGGCAUGUCCCACGAGGACAAGCUGAUGAGCAUGCGCGGCAACGGGCCCCACCUGAGCCACGCGACCGCCUUCCACGAGAUGAUCCCCGGCCACCACCUGCAGUUUUUCAUGGCGCAGCGGCACAGGCCGUACCGCGGGCUGUUCGACACGCCCUUCUACGUCGAGGGCUGGGCCAUGUACUGGGAGCUGGUGUUCUGGGACCGGGCCGACUUCUUCGCGUCCGCCGAGGACAGGGUCGGCACGCUCUUCUGGCGGAUGCACCGCUGCGCCCGCAUCCUCUUCAGCCUCAAGUUCCACCUGGGCCAGCUGACGCCCCAGGAGUGCAUCGACCUGCUCGUGGACAUGGUCGGCCACGAGCGGGCCACGGCGGAGGGAGAGGUCAGGCGGUCUCUCAAUGGCAACUACAGCCCGCUCUACCAGGCCGGCUACUUUCUCGGUGCGAUGCAGCUCUAUGCUCUGAGGCAGGAGGUGUUGGGUUCGAAGGCACUGGGGGAGAAGGAGUUCCAUGACCGCGUGCUGAAGGCGAAUCAGAUGCCGAUCGAACUGCUCAGAGCGCUGCUGUUGAAGAAGGACCUGAGUCGUGACUAUAAGACCCAAUGGAGGUUCUACGACGAUGUCGUUGAGAAGGAAGAAGAAUCGCUGCCAAUGAGACUCAUGGGAACGUGCAAAUACUGA